AUGUCCACCAUCGCCUCACCUAGGGACUCGUCGCUCCGACGGACGCCCAACUCCUCGGCCCGUCCCUCCAUGGACACGGUACGAUCGUACGUCGCAUCCCCCGUCAACGCCCAGAACCCGACAGCGCCCCCGACCGGUGACGGCAGCACCACCGCUAGCACGAAUAAGCGGACCAACCGUGCCGCCCUACGCGAGUACUACAACCUCCGGGCAUCGGCCCAGCUGCCACGCAUUGAGGUGCCCGACUCCGAGGUCCCCAUAAGCGACAUGGAUGCCACCGAGUUUGAUGCGGACGAGUACGUGUCGCGGGUCGUGACGGAGAGCAGCCUGGCCGAGCUGCUGAAGCUGUACACGCGUGUGCUGGGCGAGGUGCGUGCCCUCGAUGCGGAGAAGAAGGCCCUCGUGUACGACAACUAUAGCAAGCUCAUUGCUGCCACUGAGACCAUUCGCAAGAUGCGCGCCAACAUGGACCCCCUCAACCCAAUGGCCUCGACCCUCGACCCCGCCAUCGCCCAGAUCUACAGCCAGGCCUCGACGAUACGCGACACGCUCCGCCAGACCAUCCCCCCGCCAGACUCGGACGAGGGCAAGAAACUAGAGGCUGAGAGGCGCAGGCAGAGGACCAGGGAGCUGGCCGUCGAGAUGCUAGGUAUGCCUGGCAGGUUACGCACGCUGAUGAAAGAGGGCAGGAUUGACGAGGCUCGCAAUCUGUGGGUCAUGCCCCGACGGCUGCUCGUUUCGUGGAAGAAUAAGGGCUUUGGGGGCGACGAGGUCCAGACUUGCCUGGAGGAGGGUGACGCAGCGUUCAGGCAGGCUAAGACGAACUGA